UUUCGAUACGCGCAGUAGUCUCCCGUCAAUUAGAGUGUAAAAACGUUACGCUCCGAAACAAAAACGGCUAAGCGGAACGGAGCCGCAAUACACAGACAUCCUUUCGCAGGAUACAACCAAAAUAUUACAUAUACACACAAACAACAACAACAAGAAGCAGAGCUGUAGCUGCAGCACAAAGCCCGAGCCAAUAAAUAACUAAACAAAAUAAACGCGAUACGAAUUUGUUCAUCAUAGAAUUUGGGGGAAAUGUAAAUCCCUAAAAAAGAAGCUGCAAAAUAUUCGGGCAAAUGUGCAAUGUGAGAAAGACAGCUUAAAAAAUAAUUGUGUGUGCGUGUGCGUGUUUGUGUGUUGUACUUGCGCGUGUGCGUGUAUGUGAGUUAAUGUAAAUACCACGAAAAUCGCUGAAAAUAAAGCAGCAAGAAUCAACGAAGACGAAGACAUCGUCGUCGUCGUCGUCGACGCCGUCGUCAACGAGGCGGCCACUCGCCAAAAAGCAAAGGCAAUACAAGAAACAGCAGGUAAAGCAGGCACAGUCGCAGAGGCAACGUCGAGACGCAUGUACGCUCCAUGCUCAACGCUGGCUGCUCAACGUCGAAGUCGUCUAAAAGCGCCAGCGAUCGUGUGAAUCGAACGUAUACUUAAUAAUCAUUUUUGUGUGUGUGUUGUGCAACACAGCGCACCAGCUAGGCACACACAUCACACACACACAUUCCACACACAACGAGCCUACGCCUAGAUCUUGGGGCAACACAAACACAACAUGUCAACUUCAAAGCGACAACGACAACGACGGCUGCAGGCGCAGCAGGCACAGCAGGACCAACAGAAGGACGAACGAGGGCAACAUCAAAGGCAAAGGCGGCAGUCGAGAGUUGGUCACAGCUGGCUGCUGAUUCUGUUGUUCCUGCUGCUGUCAUUGCUGGGGGAUCAUCAGCACUGGGCAGCCAGCGGCAGCAGCAUUGUCGAGCCAGAGGAGGCGGCAUUUCAAGGUCACUGUGGUCACACCAGCCCCUGUGAGCAGCUCUGCUAUGAGAUCCACGAUGGCAUGUACGAGUGCGAUUGUAUCGAAGGCUACGAGCUGAACAAGAAUGGUUACAGCUGUCAAGUCAUAAAUACGACAAGCAGCGGCGCCGAUGGCCAUGGGAAGUCCGAUGAGGAUGUGUUGUAUCAGAAGGGCGCCUCGUUUAGUGCCAAGUUGGCCAACGAUAAAUCCCGUUUUGCAGCCACAGGCUCAGAUUCCAAUCAGGAUUCCGAUAGCGAUUCAGCUGCAGAUUUGGAUAUCGAUAACAAUAGCGAUAGCUACGAUUACAACGAUGAGAAUGCGGAUGGAAUGCAGUUGCAACAGCAGCAGCAGCAACAGCAACAGAAUGUCAAUUCAAACGAUUAUUACAUAUCAGCCGAAAGCAUUAGCUUCAAUUCGGAGAACGAGAAUGAGAAUCAAGAAUUGGAUGCCGGCGACUUUAAGGUGGCAUCCACAGCUGGCACCACGACCAGCAGCAGCACACCACGCAGCAGCAGCACAACAACGGUGACGACAGCAACAAGCACCACAAAGACAGCUGCUCCACGCAAUGUGGUGGACUAUGGUGAUGAGAGGGACGUGGAAGUGGAUGGAGAUGUGGACGAGUAUUAUAGCUACAAGUCGGACAUGUCCAUUUAUGACGAUGUCAAUAAUAAUCAAUUAAACUUAAGGCGCAAUAGCAAUACUAACAGCAACAGCAAUUCGCAUACAUAUCAAAUGACUAGCAACAACAACAACAACAACAAUAAUAAUAAUAACAACAGGAACAAGGUCGCAAUGCAUAUCAAUAAAAAUGCUGCCAAUAGCAAUAUCAUAUCAGAUAAAACAACGACACCAGCACCGACAGUCAGCAGCCCACUUUGCAAUCUGGACUGCGGCGCAGAGGGCAUCUGUGCUCUGGAGGCUACAUCUACCGUUGCACGUUGUCUGUGCCCCUUUGGCAAGACAGGCAAUGGCUGUCUCGAAGAUAUUAGAGCGCAUGUGCCACGCUUUGCAAAGCGCUCCUGGCUGGCAUUUGCGGCGUUGCAUGGCGCCUAUAAGCAUGUGCAGCUACGGUUGGAAUUCCGUCCAGAAUCCUUUGACGGCAUCAUUUUGCUGAGCGGGGAACGUGAUGAUUUAACCGGUGAUUUUAUGGCACUGUUGCUUAAUAAGGGCUUUGUAGAGUUCUGGUUCGAUUGCGGCUCCGGUGUGGGCAGCGUGCGUUCCAGGGAGACGAUUAUGCUGAAUGAAUGGAACUCGGUUAUCAUCUAUCGCCAUCGCUGGGAUGCCUGGAUGGUGCUCAAUCAUGGCACCAAAGUGCAAGGCCGAUCGAAUGGCUUAUUCUCACGCAUCACUUUCCGAGAGCCGGUCUUCCUUGGCGGGAUUGGCAACAUUACCGGACUGGCCAAACGUUUGCCACUAGCUGAAGGCUUUGCUGGGUGCAUACGUCGUUUUGUGGCCAACGAGCAUGAUUACAAGUUCACGGAGCAUCCGCUGGGCGAUGUCAUCAAUGGCUUUGAUAUACAGGACUGCUCGACGGACAAGUGCGUGCGUUAUCCUUGCCAGCAUGGUGGCAAGUGUUUGCCCUCAGAUCAAGGCGCCGUCUGCCUUUGCCCCAUUGGCUUUGUCGGCGAUCUCUGCGAAAUACGCAUGGAUCUGCAGGUACCUGCCUUUAAUGGCUCCUCUUUUCUGCGCUAUGCGCCACUGGGCAAUAGCGCGCUCAUUUGGUUGGAGCUGAAAGUUAUACUGAAACCCGAGCAGUCCGAUGGCCUAAUACUUUACUCUGGGCCAGAGCAUCGUGGAGACUUUAUAGCACUGUAUUUGCAUGAUGGGUUCGUGGAGUUUGCAUUUGAUCUCGGCAGCGGUCCCGCAGUGGUUCGCAGUGAGUACUCGCUUAGCCUGGGACAAUGGCACACCAUCAAGAUCUCACGCACAGCGCGUUUGGCCGUGCUCAAGAUCGAUCAGCAUCAGGAGGUCAUGACCAUUUCGUCGAAUGGCUUCUGGCAUCUGUCGUUGGCACAAAAUCUGUUUGUGGGCGGUGUCAAUCAUGUGGACCACUUGCCGCUGGACCUCAAGUACAAGUCCUUCUUUGUGGGCUGCAUACAACGCAUUGACAUCAACGGCCAUUCGCUGGGCAUUGUGGCGGAGGCAUUGGGUGGCAGCAAUAUUGCCAACUGUCCGCAUGCUUGUGUCGCCCGUCCUUGUGGCCCGCUAGCCGAGUGCGUGCCACAAAUGGAGAGCUACGAGUGCCGUUGCAGCAUCUACAACGAGCGUUGCAACAAGGCAGCUGAAGUGCCGCCCGAGCAGCUGCCAGAGCUAUCGCUGCACAAGUCACACAAUGGCAAACCACUUGAAGGCAAACAAUACAAAGGAGUUGACGCGACAGCAGCUUCACUGCAGCCGUUCUCCAAGAAACUGUGGACGCAGAAGAAGCAUGCCACAAAGCGUAAGAAUUUGCACAAGCACAAAACAACACCUGGCACAACAACAACAACAACUACAACGACGACAACGCCGAAGCCCACAACGACAACAACAACAACUCCCUCUACAACGAGCAGCACAAGACAAUCGGCAGCAUUAGGAGUGGUAGGGGGUGGUGCGCCUAGCAAUGAGGAAAUCGAAGAUGAUAUCAUUUUCCGCUUUGUGCACGAAAAUGCAGGCAUGCAAAAUGCCCCACAACAACAUGCCACAAGCAGCAGCAAGGCAACAGCAGGCGAGGGCAAAGGCGAGGCAAAGCAGCAGCGCAAGAAGCAGCCGACACUCUUUGACAGCCGGGGCAAGCAUGUGGGGAAGCAGCAUGUCAGCAAGCAUGAGCACCACCAGAAGCCGAAUGCCUUUGCACACAAACUGAGUCGUUUGCCCACCCACUACGAAAGUUUCCAGACAAAUCCGGACAGCGAUAUACUCACGUUUGAUGAUAACAACGAUUGGAUAGCCAGUCUGCAACAGCAGGAGUAUGCGGAUGCCAUGGCAACCGGUCAAAUGGGCAAGACACAGCAGAGUGCUAGUUUGACUUCAGCUGCUGACGAUGAUAACACUGACAAUGUGAAUCCCAGUUCGAAUCAAGAACAGGAUACGGAUGUCGAUGCUGAUACAAGUGGCUUUGUGUUUGAUGAAUCCCUGUUUGACGCCACUGAUGGCACCGAAGAUUAUCAGCGGAAACAGCUUGCCCAAGACAUGAAACGCAUCAUGUCGAACACGCACACGCAUUCGCAUUCUCCGCCCAAGCAACAACCACAAGCGCCUGUGGCCACUGAGACUCAGUACAACGAGGAUUACAGCGAUGAUGAGUUGCUAACGCCAGUGCUUAAGUCAGAGGCAGACGCUGCAAUUCCAGCUGCGCCUGCAGUACCCAGUACACCACAAACCCACACUGAUUGGAGUCUAUUAAAGAAGUUCGAUCUGUCUGCGGAGCAUCAGUCUCAAGUGCAGAGUGUACGCAAGAAUUUUGGAGCCUGUUUUGCCGGCACCGACAGCUAUUUUCACUACAACGAUGCGGAAACCAUGAGCCAAGUGAUUAGCUACAAUAUCGAUUUGAAUCUGCGCAUCAAGACGCACUCCGAAAAUGGUGUCAUCCUGUGGACGGGACGACAGGGCACCACAGACGAGCACGAUGAUUACUUGUCGCUGGGCAUUGAACAGGGUUACUUGCACUUCCGUUACGAUCUGGGCGCUGGUGAGCUGGCAAUACGCUUCAACGGCACCAAGAUCAGCGAUGGACUCUGGCAUCGUGUUAGGGCCAUAAGAAACUCUCAGGAAGGUUAUCUGGAGGUGGAUGGACGCAAGACGCUGACGCAGCAUUCGCCUGGCAAGAUGCGUCAACUUAAUACCGAUACUGGGCUUUAUGUUGGUGGAAUGCCCGAUGUAGCAUACUUUACGCAUCAGCGCUAUUUCAGCGGCAUCGUCGGCUGCAUAUCUGAGAUUGUUUUGGCUGGAGAUAAACUCAACUUUGAUCCGAACACGUUGGGCACGGCGCACAACGUGGAAACCGGUCUACUAUGAAACGCUGCACUUACGCCUCAAGACUUUUGAUAUCAACUAGUUUAAAUGUUAUUUAUGUUUUCAUUUAUAAAUGUUUACAAAAUAUGUCCUUUUCGUUUUGUGUUUGUACAAAGACGCUUUUAAAUAUCAAUUGAGAGAGAAAUCGAUGAGGGUCAAAUGGAGGGAAUUUUUUUACGCCAAGUGAGAUGAAAUGAAACCUAAGUAAAAAUCUAGUGCAUAAACGAAACCCAUACUACAUAAUAUAGUGCAUACAUAUUGAUUAUAUACAACAAAAAAAAACAAAAAUAUAUAUAUAUUUGAAAAAAGAAUGGAAAACAACCCCCUCCCAAAAAAAAAAUAAAUAAAUAAGGCAUGCUUCACAUAGCC